AUGCGGUUCUCACUCGUCCUUCUCGCCCCGAUCCUCGGCGCCGUCGCUGCCCCCACCACCGACCUCGACAAGCGAGAGAACCUCUGCCACUUGCGCACCCCUCCCCAGCUUUGCACCCCUAACCCAAACACCACCGUCGAAGAGACCGCCAUCAGGGCCUACAAGUUCUACCGUGCCUUUGUCACUGACGGAGACCCGAGGACCAUGUUUUCACUGAUCGACAACGUGUACAAGCAAAACACCCCUGGAUAUCAGUCUGGACCCAACGUGAUCUGGCCCCUGUUCUGCAGCGGCCGUCGUAUUGGCACUGAGCAGGCCACGGCCUGGUGUUUCGAUGCCAGCACCAACAUGAGUUACGCGAGAUACAGCGUUACGGACCGGUGGAGGUGGGUUGAUGGGUGUGUGCAUGAGCAUUGGGACCAAGGCGAGCGUAUCCCGGCGCAGGAGAAAUGCUACCAGCUUCCAGCGGGCAUUGUUGGCAAGCCGUUGGCGGAAAUUUGA